CUAUAUAUGUGCCAAGUUGGGGUAAUAACCGCCACCAUAUGUGUUCAUCAUGUUUCCAACAUGAGGACGACUCUGAAGUUCACCGUGUAUCUGAUCUGUGUGUUCUCGGCAAAAACAACUCACACAACUGAUCUGAAAUUGUUGACAAAUGUGCAUCAAGUGAGUGGUUUUUAUUCAGGAAAUGUCGGAGAAACAGUGACUUUGCAAUGUUUCUAUGAAGAUGACACACUGAUUAUUUACUGGUACAAGCAAACCUUAGGGCAAAAACCGAGGCUCAUUUCUACAUUCUAUAAAUAUCGGGAAAACAGCAUCUUUCAUGACGAGUUCAAGAACAAUUCACGAUUUACACUGCACGCAACAAGCAAUCAAUACCAUUUGACGAUCUCAGAUUUGCAUGUUUCAGACUCGGCUACUUACUACUGUACGAGUUCCUAUGAGAAGAAGUUAAAAUUCUUGGAGAGCACUACUGUUAGUGUAGAGAGGUCAAAUUUGAACAUCCAGACUUUGGUUCAUCAGUCUGAAUCUGAAUCUGAGAGCGUCCAUCCAGGAGAAUCUGUGACUCUGAACUGUACGGCUUACACUGGGAUGUAUGAUGGAGAACACAGUAUUUACUGGUUCAGAAAGUCUGAAGACCCUCAACCAGGGAUUAUCUACACCCAUGGAGGCAGGAAUAACCAGCAUGAGAAGACCUGUGUGUACAACCUGCCCAUACCGAGUGUGAACCGCUCUUGUGAUGGGACCUGCUGUGCUAUUGGGUCAUGUGGACACAUUCUGUUUGGAAACGGGUUUGACUCUGAGGAUGAAGUAGACUCUCAAAUCUUGGUGGUGUUUUUGAGCGUGGCUUUGGUUUUCACCAGCACCCUGGUUGUUCUGUUGGGUUAUUCAGUAUAUACAAUGACCAACAGAAGAAAAUGCAAAUGUACAGAUUAUUUAUCAAGAUCUUCAAAUACUCCAACUGCAGCGAACCUACAUGAUGCAGAUGACCUCCAUUAUGCUGCUUUAACAGUGAGAGGAUCCGGCAGAUUAAACAGAGAGAGAGACGACGCCAGGAUGGAGUGUGUGUACGCUAGAGUACAGAUUUAAAACGGUUUCAUUUAUUAGUUUCUGUGUUUAGAACAGUGGAAGGCUGCUAAAGAAUUAGAUUACUUGUCUUGAUGUAUUUAAUUAUUCCCAAUAGUCUAAUUUUCUUUAUUUCAUAGCUUUUCUCUUUGUUGCAUCGCUUCCAGUAGUACAUAUGUAUAUUAGAGCGUUUGUCCAAUCAUAUUUCAGCCAUCAUGUGUUGCCGGGUAAAACAAAUCUGUCUUGAGGCCUUCAAAUAAAUAGCAAUGAAUCUGUUGCUUUAACCAAUCAAAUUUCAGGGGCGAUCUAGCAGGUGUGUAAUAAUGUUGACCUUUUCAUAUCAUUUUAUUUGACAAUCAGAGAGCGACUAGUCAGAGCAAAUUCAGCUAGAAAACCACAUUUGUAGGAUCUUGCAUAAGCUAAAAUAUAAUGGUUGAGAUUUAAUGGCUGUUUUCCCACAAUGCCUGACAGAGAACAAAUGGAUUUAGUUGUACACAUACUAAAAAUAAGCAGUAGUGUAAUGUAUUUUAUGUUGAAUAUUUUUAUGUUUUUGUCAUUUUUUUGAGUAAUUAUUGAUGAUUCUGCUUGACAUGGUGCCGUUAACAGAGAUCUGCUAAUAUUCUGUGAUGCAACGCCCUGUUAUAUUGCAUUUUUUUGUAUUGUAUGUAUUAUUUUAAUAGGUGGAUUAAGUCAGUUCGAACACCACUGAAGGCCAAGGUGUGAAAUACACAGCCUGCAACUGCUUUAGAGCAAUUGUUCAAUCUAUACAGUAUUUCCUUUUUAUAUUAUAAAACUUUUGCCCACUUCAACCUCAAUAAAAUGAUUAUUCUGU